AUGACACAAGCCCCAGUAGCCAUCGCUGGCGCCCUCACAAGUUGCCCAGAUAUCUGGGCAGACUUGGAACUGGAACCGCGACCGCGACCCUCAUCACCAUCGAAUGCCCCGGCUGCGAUGGUGAUCAAUGACUUCCCUUCUUUUGCCAGAGCCCUCCCCUCCUGGACCGACGUGACUGGCGCUGUAGUCGCCGCUGUAACUAAGGCACUGGGACAGCAGGGGCUCAAGACAGCCGAAUCUGAGUUUGCUCCGGUUCUUCAGCAAGUGUUUACAACCCUUGGCUUCAACUCCAACGUAUUCUACACCGCGAUCGGUGUCGCCCUCCCUGACCCCCAACCAAUCCAGCAGGUUGCAGCGCAAGCACGUCAGGUGAACGAAGAAUGCCCUUCGCUCUGGUACGUCAACUUUCCAAAGAGUCUUUCGGCACAAGACGCACAAAAGGUCAGAGAUUAUCGGCAGAGCAUGCAGGAUUUCAGAAGCUGGUCCUCGGCAAAGUGGUGGAAUGAGGUCAACCGCCGCCAGGGAAUUCCCGAUGACUUCACGAAGCGGGUGCUGCAAAGCAAGGAGUUUGCCAAGAUUGCAUGUGAAGACAUGGUAAAGAUGUCCUGGCUUCGCACAACAAAGAAUCCGUUGGAAGCCAAGCACAUGAUUGACUGCACUGCGGCUGAGCUUCAUGAGAACAUCGUUUCUCGAGCGUUGGCGGGCUGGUCAGAUGUUGACCAGGACACCAUGGACGCCGUCGAGCCUAUUCUGCAAGAUAUCGUGAGGACCGCUCAGCCAGGCACGCAGCGCAUGAGCGAGAUGAAGGUGGUCUUGAUCGAGAAGUACGUGUUUGAUGCACCAAGCGAUAGCAUUACUUCAUACAUCCGCUUGGUGAGCUUUGAGCUACAAGAAGCCUUCUACGAUGUCAUCUUUGGCAAGGCGCAGGGGCAAGCUCGUGUCAGUCUCCAGUUAAGCCUUCUGCAGUACGAAGCAGCAUUUGAGCAACAGAAAUGGGAAUGGUACUCUAAAAACUAUAUAAAUGAUAAUGACAUAGGCAUAUUUGAGGACCUUAUUAAGACUCAGUCCAUAGAUGUCAAGUAG